AUGGUCCAUGUGGACGAUAGGCAAGCAUCAAGCUCCGAGGCGGACCCCGCCGAAACUUCAACAACGAAUUACGUUCGUUUUUCCGGACAAGGUCUUCCCGGCGGCGAGCAGCAGGUCAGCAAUGUGAAAAAAUCGCCAGAACAAGCCGAGCCUGAAGAGCAGCAACCAUAUCAAAGAGCUAUUCCACUUCAAGCCGCCCCUUCGUCUUCGUCAACCAGCGUCGUACACCAUAGCAGUUAUCCAGUUGAUGAAAAUGAUCAUAAAUAUGUUGGGCUUGUUAAUCAGGCGAUGACAUGCUACUUAAACAGUUUGGUACAGUCGUUGUAUAUGACGCCAGAGUUCAGAAACGCUAUGUAUGAAUGGGAAUAUAUAUCAUCUUUGGGUGGUCCGAAAGCGUCAGGAAUGGCAGCGAAGCGCGGCGAAUCCAGCAUCCCGUGCCAACUUCAGAAGCUUUUCCUUCUACUCCAGACGACUGACAACGAUGCGCUUGAAACUCGCGACUUGACUGCCAGCUUUGGAUGGUCCGCUUCCGAGGCUUAUGAUCAGCACGAUGUUCAGGAGCUGUGUCGUCUCAUGUUCGACGCAUUGGAGCAGAAAUGGAAAGCGACGAAGCACGAGAAGCUGAUUCAGGAUCUUUAUCGUGGAACAAUGGAGGAUUUUGUGAAAUGCUUGACUUGUGGAAAAGAAAAUGUGAGAACUGAUUACUUUUUGGAUUUGCCGUUGGCGGUGAAGCCGUUUGGAGCUGUUCAUGCAUUUAGAAGUGUGGAAGAAGCUCUUCACGCUUUCACUCAACCUGAGCUUCUUGAUGGUUCCAAUCAAUAUAGUUGCGAGAAUUGCAAAACGAAGCAGGAUGCCCAUAAAGGCCUCAGAAUUACCCAAUUCCCGUAUUUGCUAACAAUCCAACUCAAGCGAUUUGAUUUCGACUAUACCACACUUCAUCGAAUCAAACUUAAUGAUAGAAUGACAUUUCCGGACAUUUUGGAUCUGAAUUCGUAUAUUUACAAUAAGAAUGAGGCGAAAAGUGAAGCGCAAUCGAUUUCGCGACGCCUUGAUGAUGAUGACGAUGAAGAUGAUCAUGUGAAAAUGGAUCUUGGCUCACCGAAUAAUAAUUCUGGUGAUCUUAGCGAUGCCGGCUCGUCGAAUCCAUAUUUGGAUAGAGAAAACGUACGAGUUGGUCAACCAAUCGAUCAUAAAGCUGUGGACAAAUUGUUGGAGAAUGGCGAAAACGUUUAUGAAUUGUUCUCGGUGAUGGUGCAUUCUGGAAGCGCUGCUGGAGGACACUAUUUUGCCUAUAUAAAGAAUAUGGAGCAGGAUCGCUGGUAUAGCUUCAAUGAUACGCGUGUCGAUUUUGCCAGUGUCGAGGAAAUUGAGAAAACAUUUGGCGGUCAUUCUGGUGGUUGGAAUGCGUCGAACACGAAUGCUUACAUGUUGAUGUAUCGCAAAAUUGAUAAGACGCGAAACUCGCGAUUCAUUCACACUAAUGAGCUGCCGAAACAUAUUCUGCGACUUCAGCAGCGUUGGAGAGAGCAGGAACGAGAAGCCGAAGAGCAGAGACUCUUGCAACAAAGUUUAGUUACGGUCCAAGUCUCAUUGAACUAUGCGGUGCCGUCGGUGAAUAUAAUCGAUAAGAAGGAGGUCGAUCUUUUAGCAUUGAAGCACAAAGCUCGCGAGGAUUUUGUCGAUUAUGUCACCGAGAUUCCGCGCACCCAAUCGAUUUGGACGGUAUACCAUCAGGCGUUUAGUUUUUUCGCCGAACGCGCGAAAACCUAUGGAUUGGUAUUUCCGAAAAAUAAUUGCCGCCUUUUGUACGUCGAAAAAGAAUCGAAUCUGAAAAUGUUUCAUGUGAAGAGUGAAAUGGAGAAAAAGACAUUGAAAAGCCUUUUCUACUUUACCGAUCCGGAGCCACUUCAUCGUAUGAACUUCCUCUUCGAUGUUCGCAUCGCGUCAAGUUUCUUCAACGUCGAACAGACUGGCGGCCGAAUGGUUGAGGUUAUUCGUGUGGAUGUUGGCAAACGUGUCACAAUGCCGCAUAUAAUGGUGUAUAUUCGACCGGGUCUCAAGAUUGUCGAAUUUCGCCAACUGAUUGGUGGACAAUUUAGGGAUGACAUUCAUGAUUCAUUUUCGGCGAGAAUGGUCUUGGAAUCUCAUACGAACGGCGGAAAAUUGGUUCAGAUCACCAAAGAGCACAAUCCGAUCUAUUUCGAUGCGUUCAUUCGAGAGCACGCUGGUCGCGCGGGUUUAAUUUUUUAUUUUGAUGGCGGUUUGAAUCUGUGCAGCGCAGAAACGGUGGCGGCGACCAACGCUGAUCGCGAAUUGCCGUUUGAGCAAUCGAUGAUGUUUGAAAUACUUGACAGAAAAUAUUUUGCAAUGACGCUUAAAAUGAGAUUCCCAUCGCAAGACGAAAUUGAUCGUGCUGCCACUGCGGCGUCGGCGGUCAAUGGUCCCAGUUGGACGGACAUUUAUGGUCCUGUGGAUCAGACGAAUGCGGACUUCAUUGCGGAGGCGCCGAUAUUGGAAGCGGCGAUUCCGAAUGAGUGCGACGAGGAUGCGUACGCGUCGGGUCGCGUCUCGACGGCAUCGAUGAGAUCGAACAGCAUCGGCGAUUUGGAUUCGGCGGAUGUCAAUCCGAUAACUGGCAGCUUUUGCAAUAACACACCGCAAAUGUCGCCGAGCGUCUCGGAAGGCGAUGAUUUGGAUCAUAGCGAAGGCGAGAUAUCGUCGUUUGAAUUGAGAAAUCAAUUGAACGCCGAACGCACAAUGGAGUAUAUGCAAGAGCAGCAUUUUCAGAAUUAUGAGCAAAUGGAAGUCGAUUUUGCGAGUCCGUCGGUGAAAAAGAAGAAUUUGAGAGGAAUCGAGGAGACGCUGUCGGAAUCGGCGGCGAGCUCCGGUCAAUCGACGAUCGUUGCUUCGACAUCACUCCAGGCGGGGCAUAUUGUCGCCGAGAGUAACACGUCAUCAUCGGGAAUGGAUGGAAAAAUUGUAGUGCUCAACGAGAAUGAGAAUUAUCGCAAUAUCGAUAUUGAUUCUCGGUUGACGAUCGGAGAGCUUAAAAAAUGGAUAGCGAAUCAGAUGAGCGUGAGUCGCGAUCAAUUUGUGAUUCUGAAGCACUCGACCGACGACGGAACAGAUUCCGGCUAUGAGCUUCAGGCGAAUGAUGAUGAUUCGGUUGGAAAAGCGUUUCAAUCGUGCAUGAUAUCGAUCAAACUUCGGCCGCCGUUGAAGAUGAAUGAGCGAAUCAUUCAAGUUGUUCAUUUUGAUAUGCGCGAGAAUAAUCGCGAGAAUUGGAAGACACUUUUUGAUAUUGUCGCGUCGUCGAGCACACUUAUUGGAGACGUCUUGCUGCAGUGUUUGAGAUUGUACAAGGACAUUUAUGCGGAGGAAUUGAAGCCGGAAAUGGUGCGAUUACGCGAUAUUCCGGCUCAAGGAGCUUACAGCGGCAAAUCGGCGCUUUGUCCGAAUGAGCCAAUGAGCGCGAGAUCGGGAAACUGGGCGGCGACGCUGUACCUUCAGAUAAUAUUGGAAGACGAUUUGAUUGGGGCUCCCGGUGAUCCGGUGCUUGUUCGCCGAUUCCGACCGUCUACUGUUGAAGUUGGCCCGACGCAGGAGGUGCUUGUCGAUCCGAAGGCGCCGAAUCAGCUUCUCGCGUUUCUCGAAGCGCUAUCAAAACAUUCGCAGAUACCGAUUGAGAGGAUUGGAAUGCUGGAGCUUUCAAGCUAUAAUUGGUCGAAAUGGCCGUAUCAGAAGAGUCGUCUCGACAUGCUCGACGGCAAAGAGAAAUUUGUGACCGAUUAUCAUAAGACCUACGAGCAUCCGCGCGAUUUUAUCCAAAAAGUUGGUGUUCGAGUGAUUUACUAUAAGGAUAUGGGCGAGAAGGCCAAAGAGUUGACCGAUGAUGAGCGUAAGCAGAUCAAAAUCAAGGAAAUGGGAUCCGAGGUUCCUUCCAAUCGCCGAAAAGAACGACCAUUGCGAAUUCAGAUGAGUAGUGUGAGCGAGGCUUAA